AUGAGGACCCUCACCCUCCUUGCUUCCCUUCUCCUCUUUGUCCUCCAUGCCCAGGCUCAGAGCCUUGAAGAGAGAGCUUACCAUGUUCCCUCCCAGGACCAGCCUGGGGCUGAGGUCCAGGACAUGACCAUCUCCUUUGCAGGGGACGAACCCUCUUCUCCAUAUGCUGCAGAACUUCAGGGAACACCCACCUGCCACUGCAGACCCUUCACCUGCUAUUCUGGUGAGAGUCCCUCUGGGCAUUGUGAAGGCAAGGGCUUCCAACAUAGGCGCUGCUGUCGUCGCUGA